UUAGUGGAUAAAGCUUAGAUUAACAUAUUUGGUACAGAAGUUGUACCAUAUCAAAGCCUUCGGCUUAAAUGGUAUGAGACUAGCCUUGAGGUGUUUGCGCCCCUCCCCAAAUUCUCUAAUAAAAAAUAAAAUAAAAUAAAUUGCUUGCGUUGGAAUAUUCGAAUCUCCGAGUAAAUUGUAUGCCAAUUUUGUAACGAAAGGAAAAAUUAUUCUAAAAAGAAAAGAAAUUAAUGGUAUUUAGGAGGAGAACAAACACGGCAAAAGUUAGCGUGCCACACUGCUACUGACCACCAGGCUUGGUCAGAUUCCCUUUCACUGACAUCUGCCUCAGUCUGCGACGCGCACACACACCACCACAAAGAACACCGUGCGCCACCUCAGCGCCACCAAUCGAAGCGGCGAUUGCUGAGACGCGGCCAGCGCCGAUGCAUGUUUCGGAAAAAUGACGGCCACGUCGGCUAGUGACUGUACUGUGCCAGCUGCGUAUUUCAGAGUACAAGCUCCAAUCCCGAAACCAUCGCCAUGUCCAGUUUUUGGACCUAUGGAAAUGUUAGGAGGAUUGCACACUCACUCUUCCCAAAUCCGAAAACCAGCUGCUUUUCAGUAAAUGGUGGGGAGGGACAUAAUAUCCUUUGCACCUAUUAUUCCCUAAGCAGAAAAAUCUCCCAGCAUAGAUUUUCUUUUAGAGUACCUUCUCCUUUUGCAUUAUAUAAAGCAAAAAAUAAGAUCUUGUUACACGGUAGUGGUUACAUAAACUUCUAUGGCCUUCCAGUGAGUAAGACAAUCUCUCAGCAGCUGCGAAUUGCUUGGAGAAGGUUUUCCUCUGCAUGUUCCAACAAUGGGCCAGCUUUACCACCGAUAAGUCAGAUUGUAUGUGCAGUGAGCCUGGCUUUGACCCGAUCAAAUCUUGUUGCCCCUGGUGUUAUUGCUAUCAUAAUUGGAGAGCUUGCUUGGACACGACAAACAUGGGCAGAGGCAGAAUACUUGCCGACAAGGGAUACCUUGUAUAUGCAUGCCCAAGAUGGACAUGUUUAUCUGACCUCAUUUGUAUAUUUGGUACUGGAGGGUUUUAUCUUGUUGCUCAGGGCUAUAUACUUAGCAAUUUUGUUCUCACCGUGCAUAACUAUGGCUCCUUUUGUGGAUUCCCUUGGUGUUGAGUUUAGGAAAAGAUGGCUCCACAUUGUCCAUCUUACACUAGAAAAGGCAGGCCCAGCAUUUGUAAAAUGGGGUCAAUGGGCUGCAACAAGACCGGAUCUCUUCCCCAGAGAUUUGUGUAGUGAACUCGCAAAACUUCAUGCCAACGCGCCAGCACAUAGUUUUUCAUUCACCAAAAGAACCAUUGAAAGGGCAUUCGGUCGAAAGCUGUCCGCAAUCUUUGAAAAUUUUGAUAAGAAACCUGUGGCAUCAGGAAGUGUUGCUCAAGUUCAUCAAGCUACGCUGAAAUACAGAUAUCCCGGUCAGAAGAUCAAACCUAUUGUUGUUGCUGUAAAGGUUCGACAUCCAGGUGUUGGCGAAGCAAUUAGAAGGGAUUUUAUGAUAAUUAAUUUCAUGGCAAAAAUUUCUAGGUUUAUCCCUACUUUGAAAUGUUUGAGAUUGGAUGAAAGCGUACAGCAAUUUGGUGUUUUUAUGAUAUCUCAGGUUGAUCUUUCAAGGGAAGCUGCUCACCUGAGUCGCUUUAUUUAUAAUUUCCGAAGAUGCAAGGAUGUCUCAUUUCCAAAGCCUCUAUACCCCCUGGUGCACCCAUCCGUUUUAGUGGAAACUUAUGAACAAGGUGAAAGUGUUCUGCAUUAUGUUGAAGAGCUUGAAGCACAUGAACAGAUUAAAAGUGCCCUUGCGCAAAUCGGAACCCAUGCACUUCUAAAGAUGCUUUUGGUAGACAAUUUUAUCCAUGCGGACAUGCAUCCUGGAAAUAUUCUUGUCCGAGUAACACAUAGCAAGCCAUCACAUAAGCAGAUCUUGAGAUCAAAGCCUCUAGUCAUUCUCCUUGAUGUAGACUUGACUGCUGAACUUUCAAAGAAGGAUCGAGUGAAUCUAAUGGAUUUCUUCAAGGCUGUAGCACUUCAAGAUGGUCGGACUGCUGCCGAGUGUACACUUAGAUUGUCUAAACAACAAAACUGCCCAAAUCCAAGGGCUUUCAUUGAGGAAGUGGAAAAUUCUUUAGGUUUCUGGCGCACCCAUGUUGUCCACCCUGCGGAUUGCAUGCAGCAAUUGCUGGAGCAAGUUAGGCGUCAUAAGGUGAACAUUGAUGCGGAUAUUUGUACUGUGAUGGUAACCACUUUGGUGCUUGAGGGAUGGCAGCGGAAGCUUGAUCCGGAUUAUGACGUGCUACAAGCUUUGAAUUCAUUACUGUUUAGAGUUGACUUGGCGGACUCUCUCUUCGACACUAUUGAAAAACUCAUGGCCCCCUAAAGAAAGCUCCACCUCUUUAACUUGUACAAAAACUUUAAAAAAAUAAAAGUAAACAUACCAUAUUAGCACUAUCAA